CGUAAGCCAUCUUAAGUGGAAUGGUUGUAUUUAUAUUAGUUCUCAAUAAUAGAUCUAGAAAUCUAGAUCUCGAUUCUAAAUCUAAUCUAGAUUAAGACAUUUUUAAUAUAAUUUUAAUUACUACAAAAUGUUUGGAUUACAAUAUAGAUCUAGAUCUAAAUGAUGAGUUUCCAAGGCAGUAAGAAUGAAUGCCAGGAGUCCGAUGCAGUCGUACUGGAGUAACUCUCUAGCCAUUCGACAAGAGAUUCAACGUUUCGAGAGUGUCCAUCCAAGCAUCUACGCUAUCUAUGAUCUCAUAGAAGCAAUUCCUGAUCCAUUGAUACAACAGCAAAUUAGGGAGCAUGUUGUUUGCAUAGAAGAUUCUUUUGUUAACAGUCAAGAAUGGACACUAAGUCGCUCAGUUCCAGAUUUAAAGUUGGGUAUAUUGGGAAGUGUUCAAAGUGGCAAGUCGGCUCUAGUACAUCGAUAUCUUACUGGUUCCUAUAUGCAAGAGGAGUCACCUGAGGGUGGUCGAUUUAAGAAAGAGGUUAUUAUAGAUGGACAAAGCUAUCUACUUUUGAUAAGAGAUGAAGGCGGAACCCCUGAAAUGCAGUUCACUCACUGGGUAGAUGCAGUCAUUUUUGUAUUCAGCCUUGAAAAUGAAAUGAGCUUCCAGGCAGUUCAUAGCCAUUAUGCUAGGAUGAGGCAGUAUAGAGACACAAAAGAAAUUCCACUUAUUCUUGUAGGAACUCAAGAUGCUAUUAGUGAAAGCAAUCCUCGUAUUAUAGAUGACACCCGAGCAAGGAAGCUAGCCAAUGAUCUAAAGCGGUGUUCUUAUUAUGAAACUUGUGCUACCUAUGGUUUGAAUGUUGAAAGGGUUUUCCAGGAUGCAUGUCAAAGGAUAGUUCAGAUGCGCUAUCCCAGUGUCACAUCCUCUGUUCCAUCAGCUUUACCUUCAACUCCUAAUCAUUCACAAAGGUCGUUCUAUGUUUCUCAAACCAGUGGCAGCAAACCUAGUGACACUCACAGUGUAAGCAGCCAUAGUACUAGCAGCUCUGGCACAUUAGUAACAUCUAGUUCACAGCCCCCCCUUUAUCCAUCAAAAGAAAAAGACUUGAAAGAUAAAGCAGAUAAGCCAGAAAAGAGAAAAGAUAAACAGUAUAAUCCUACCCAACCAACUGUGUUAGUCCAGCCAUCUCAAUCUUCACAUGUAACAUUGGGCCAGCCACAACAGUCUUCAUUAUUACCUCAACUUCCAGAACAAAGUGAUAUUCAGGCUAUUGAUUUGUCACAGAAGGAGGAAACUGUCACAUGUACACCACUUGCAUUACGUAAAUACAAAAAACCAUUCAUCAUAAAGUCCCAUUCUUUUAGUGAUAAACAAACUGAAGGAAAAGAUCUACCUACACCUAGCUCAACUCCUACACAAAGUAGAAAAAAUCGUAGAAGAUCAAAUCUUUUUAAUCCUAAGUCAAAAGAAGAAGAAAAAAAGCAAUCCAUUGAUGGAGAAAAAGUUGGAAGUGGUCGAACUAUUCCAAUCAAACAGGGCUAUUUAUAUAAAAAAAGUCAUGGCUUAAACAAAGAAUGGAAAAAGAAAUAUGUUGCCCUCUCUGAUGAUGGAAAACUUGUAUAUCAUUCUAGUUUACAUGACUACAUGGAAGAUACUCAUGCUAAAGAGAUACCAUUGGUUAAGACUACUGUAAAAAUACCUGGUAUGCGCCCUCGUGGCUCAAGGACAGUUUCUGCUGGUUGUGCAGCUAAUGGGGAAAUGAACAACUCCAUAGCAUUUGAUGUAUCAAGUGAGGGCCAGAUUGACAAUUCACUUGUUAUACCCAACUCUUCAAUCACUCCAGUAAUUCCUGAUCAGCCACGAACUCGUCCAGAGCGUUCUCCGAUGCUUCCUAAACUUGGUAUAAAUAGUUCAAGUAGAGAUACACCAAAUGUAAAAAAGAGACACCGUAGAGCGAAGAGUGGAGGUGUAAAAAAUUCAAAUCCUGGUGAUGGAGAUGAUUCUGAUGGCUAUGAAUUUGUUAUUGUAUCAUUAGAGAAUAAACAAUGGCAUUUUGAAGCUCACAGCGGGGAGGAUCGUGAUGACUGGGUUGAUGCAAUUGAGCAGCAAAUUCUCUCUAGCCUUCAAGCAAAUGAUGCUGGAAAAAAUAAAAAACAAAACCACUCAGAUCCUGCAGGCAUUCAAGCUAUUAGGUCAGCUCGUGGUAACAAUUUGUGUGCAGACUGUUCUGCAUCAAAUCCUGAUUGGGCAAGCAUAAAUCUAGGUGCAUUAAUUUGUAUAGAGUGCUCAGGAGUCCACCGUAAUCUAGGAACACAUAUUUCUAGAGUGCGAUCUCUAGAUCUGGAUGAAUGGCCAAAUGACAUCGUUAAAGUUAUGGUUGCAAUCGGUAACAGUAUUGUCAACAGUGUAUGGGAAGCUAAUAUCAAAGGAAAACUGAAGCCUUCACAGACUACAUUGCGGGAAGAAAAAGAAAGAUGGAUCAGAGCAAAGUAUGAAAUUAAAGAAUUUUUACCACCACUACCCUACAUAGAUAUUCCAGUUAAUCAGCAAUUAAUUGAUGCUCUUGUUAGAGAAGAUAUCAGAAAUAUUAUUGUCAUCUUGGGUCAUGCAGAACCAGAAGAUAUUAAUGCUCCAUACAGCAAAGAUGAUGGAAGAACUGCACUCCAUAUUGCAGCAGCAUUGGGGAAUGUUGUUUUUGUGCAAUUGUUAUUAUGGUACAAUGCUAAUGUUAAAGUUGUAGACCAUGAAGGUAGAAAUGCUUUAUGGUAUGCACGAAGUUCAGGUUCGUCUGAAUGCACAGAACUUCUAACAAACAAUGGAUGUCCUGAAUAUCCAACUUUACCACGAAGACGGGGAAGUGUGCAACAGGGAAAGAAUGAUGUGUUUGAUAAAUUACCUGCAAGUGUUAUUUAAACAGUUCAUAACAGUGUAAAGGAUUAAAUGUGAAUGAUUGAUAUUUGAAUGCUUGAAGUAUCCAUGUUAUGUAAUUACUUAAUAUCUAUCAAGAAACUACGUUUUCAUUUGGUUGAUGUAAAGUUAUAGUUAAGCAUUUGUUUUGCAAUUAGUUUAGUAAAUAAUUGAUUUUAAGGAUACUGCAUCAUAUCAAUUGUCUUUUCCUGUAAAUGAAUAGUAUUCAGUUUUAUUUACUUUAAUUUUUUUUAAACAAGUCCGGAUAUCGUAGACCUAUUUUGUGGUCUUUUGUAUUUAACAUAUCUUUUUCUAGGAAAUUAAGAUGUAAUUUUACGUCAUUUGUUGUUUGUUUUGUUUUUUUGUCUAUAGUUUGCAUUUGACUUGCAUUUUAAGUUCUUGUUAGUUUUUUGUUGGUUUUUUUUUGUGCUGUUUUAAACAUUUUUAGGAAACAUAAUUCUAAAGGUCUCAGAUAAUUUGAAUUAAUUGGCUUCUUUUUAAACUGACACACUGAGUUUACUAUUGAAAAGUUUUAAAUACAAACUACUUGGUAAAUAUUUGUUUUUAACGUUAUGUUUACUAUUUGUUCAUUGUGAAAAAAAAUUAUAAAUCUCAAAUAUUCUUGAAUUUAGAUCUGUCACAUUUUUAGCCACUUUGGCAAUUACAUUUAUAUAUUCAUUAUAUGUUUUUUUCAUAAGAAUAAAGUAUCAUUUUAAUCUUUGUUACUAGUUCAUUCACUGGGCUAAGAUUUUUAUGAGUUAGAAGAAUAUUCACUUUAAACCAGACAAAUUAAUUGAUUACACAUGAGCAAAUUGAAACACAUUUUGGUUGUAAGAGAUCAAUCUAAAUUUUAACUAUUUUAAAUUGUAAUAUUGUAAGUGGUAAAAAAAAAUGUGUGCAUUUAAUAAAUUACAAUGGCAUUGACCAGUUGGGAUUGGUUAUUAUUUGUCUUAGACCGCCAUUUUUUGUGUGCUAAGCUUUUCAAGAAUAUAUCUUGUCAUGUGGCAUUUGUAAGUAAGUGUUCUAAAGCAUCUCAUUUUUGGUCGCGUAAAACAAAUAUUACAAAUUAAAAGCUAAUAUUUUGCUUACAUUUACUGUAAUGCACUAAAACUUAUGAUGUCAACAUGACCUUGUUUGUUUACAUUAUUUGGCAUCAGGGAGGCUUGGGUUGGAUUUUUCCUUUAAAUUUCAUUUAAUUAAUGACAAAUACAUCAGGUUGGUAAUGAAAAGCAUUGGUCUUUAUAAGUAUGUGUUUUAGCAGCUUUGUACUAGAUUUGUAAAAAAAUGUAAUCUCCUUGAUUGCCACUUGAAUAUUUCCUAAUAAUAGUCUAAAAUGCAUUUUAAAAUUGUUAUUCUGUUAGGUUAGUCUAUGUCCAGCAUAUUAUUGGGAUAACUGGAACAAAAAGAAAUGUAUUUAUGAAUCAGUGAUUUAUGAGCUCGGUAAAGUUGUAAAAAUUCUGUGACCUGAUUAUAUAAAGUGAUUAAAAUUUUGCUGUGUAUCUGAUAACUGAAAAAACCUGUAAAUUAUAGUUAACUUGAAUAUAUUUUAUAAUGUGCUAUACAACUGCAUUGUUCCUAUGUAACUCUUAUAGUAUACCAUUUUGAUCAGUGUUACUAUUUCAUUUAUUUAAUGUCUUUUAUUAUUUAACAAAACAUGGAUGUCGAUUUCUUUAAAAAGGUGUUUGCUUUCCUUGACACCUUAAUUUUUAAGAUUUAUUUGUGACACCUAGUUACUAUUAACGAAGUAAUAUUAAGAAUUUAUAAAGGAUUUGAAUUUUUAAAAUAACUUUUCCAUAACUGGAUGUAUAUUAAAUUUUUCUUUCAGGCUUGUGGCUGUAAUUUGUAAAACUUGACUAAUGUGUAUGUCAACUAAGUCAUAAAAGUUGUAAAGUUGUUUGUUAAUUUCAAAUUCAACAAUUGUUUAUUUUUAUAAUUUUUUUUCUUUACACAAGAACUAAAGAUAAAACAUAUGACACUUUUAGAUAAUAGAUUUUUAAGUCAGCUUUUUUUUUUAUUAUUAUUUUAUUUGUGAUAAAUUUACACUAGUCAGAUGCUGACAUACACAGAAUGCAGUUUGUGAGUUUGAUUUUUGGGUAAUAUGUUAUCUUGACUGUUUGAUGUUUCUUUUUUAAAGUUGCUGCAUUUGAUUUUUUAUCUGUAAAAUAUGUAAAUUAAUGCAUUUUUAUGACACAACUUUAAAUUUCAAUUUUAGUAAUAUCUUAAGUUAUUACAGAUAUUUAGAGAAUUGAACAUUUUAUUACAUGUAACAUAUUUGAAACUUAAUUGUAGCAAUUGCAUUUGAAAGUAAUAAAUAAGUAUUUGUUUUU